GCCCGCCCGGCAACGCCGCAGCAGCGCCCGCCACAGCCUCGCGCCGCAGACGCAGACAUGGCCCCGGCCCCGGCCCCGGCCCCGGGCCGCCGCCCCCCGCUGCCGCCGCUGCUGCUGCUGCUCCUGGCCGCGGCCGCCCUGCUCGGCUCAGGACAUGGGGACGAUCUGGAUGACUUCAGGUUAGAAGAUGCAUUGGAUGACUUUACAACCAAGCGACCAACUCCAAAACCACCCAGGAAGCCAUCAGGUGACCUUGACCUGGCGGAUUUCUUUGAUACCCUCCCAGAGACAACAACCAAGCCAACAAAGACCACCACUAAGCCCCCAAAGAAGUCAGAUGACAUCAGUUUAUGGGAUGCCAUCCGCACCACUACCACCAAGCAGCCGAAAACCACAAAGGCCCCACCCAAAAAGCCUCCAGCAAAGGAUCCUAUGGAUUUUGACCUGUCUGAUGCCCUUGAUGAUAGGAAUGAUGGAAAAGGAGGUGGAAAAGGAAGUGGGAAGCCUGGUGAAGGCUCGAAAGGUAAAGGUAGCCCUUCACGAGGCAGAGAAUCGGGCAUUUCAGAUGCUGACCUGAGUGAUAUUUUGGACGACGGCUACAACCCUGACAAGAAGAAAGAUGGUGGUGGCGGCAGCAAUGGCUACGACACAGGAACUGUUGCGGAGACGGGGACCAUUGCGGGCAUAGCCAGUGCUCUCGCCAUGGCCCUCAUUGGUGCCGUGUCCAGUUACAUUUCGUACCAGCAGAAGAAGUUUUGCUUCAGCAUACAACAGGGGCUUAACGCAGAGUACGUGAAAGGAGAGAACAUGGAGGCGGUCGUAAGUGAAGAACCUCAAGUUAAAUAUUCAGUCCUAGAAACACAGUCAGCAGAACCACCACCCAAACAAGACAACGCGAAGAUCUAAAGCAUGACCUGGGGCUGGAAAAGAAUCAGUCAGCAGUAAAAACAUACAGACAUUUCACAGGCUUGUAAUUUAGCUUCUUUUUUUAAAUUUAAUUUGGAUCCAAAGCUAUUUAAUGUGUAUUUAGUCUCAAACUGGCUUCUUGCUGUAGGCUCUCGGGUUCGAGUGGCAGUAGGUGUUUAUUUUUUGUAAAGAGUUGUAUGUUUACACCCAGUCGGUGCUGUAGGAUUGAGUUCACGUUGCACGCAAAACAAACACGGUGCUUCAAUAGUGUUCCAGGCUAAAUUUAGGACUUUCAUUUGGGGAUAAACAGCUGGGAAUAACGGCUUUUUCAAAGAGGAGGAACAUACAGGUGCGAGGACAAUAAAGUGCCUGUGAAUAACAAUCCAAAGCAAACCAUCCAAGAACCUUUAUAAAUCACUUCCAGCCAAACUCUGCCACCAGCAAUGAGCAUACAGCUUCCAGAGGCCAUCGUGGAAGUUGCGUGUGCAUUAAAGGUAGAUUUUGGUCCUUAGAGUAGCUACAUCUAAAAAUAAAGUGCCUAUGGGUAGAUCCUCAUUUAGGGCCUUGGGCUGGGAGAGAGUUGAGCAUCUCUGUUCUCACUGAAGUCAAGGAGGUGAAGGUGCUCAUCACUUCGUAGUAGUGAAACACCCCAAAGGACCCAGAUUUCGGGAGAUCGUUCCCCCGAAACAGGGCUGGAUUUUGGCAGGUGACGUAACAUGUACUUGUGCCCGAGAUCAGAACGGAGCCAAAAGUCACAAGGUUUGACUGUGCCGAAAACAAAACUUCUGCAGUGUCACUGUGACGAAGUGAAAACCGUUCAUGUUUGUGUGGGCUAAAGACGGAUUCAGAUCUCAGUUACCCCAGAGCAGUGUUACCAUAUUUCCAGUUCCAAAAAGGAUGCCUGUCAGGGGACACUUCACUCCCAACCUAUAGCCCCCUGGCCUUGCCAGCACCCCACUCCCAACCUGCAGGCCCCCAUCCCGGCUGCCGUCCCUGACUCUUGACCUGCAGACCCCUGGCCCUGCCAGUGCCUCUCACUCCCAACCCAGUCCCUAACCCUCCCCCCAGGCCACGCUGGUACCCCUCAGUCCCAACGCACAGUCCCCCCAUCCCUGCUGGUGCCCUUCACUCCCGAUCUGCAGGCCCCUGGUCCCCCUAGCCCUGCCGGAGGGGGCCACCAGCUGCCCGUCCCAGUGGGGCAACUGAUUUGUGCAGGUGCCAACAGGGUGAAUCCAGCCCCGGCACAGGCAGAAGGGAAGAGGAGAGACCUGUGGCACCCCCCUGCCCUGAGCUGGGGCUCCUGUGCUGCGCCAGGCAGCCUGGGCACGUCCCACCAGGCAGCGUCUCCCAGCUGACCUGGCCCUGUGAGCAAAGGCACUGGCCCUGGUGCCACCAGCCCAGCCAUGGAGCUCCCUACUGCCCCUGAAGGACCCCCUCCCCCUGCUGGAGGGGCAGGUGCCUGCCUCCCACCCCCACUGCCCUGCCACAGCUUUGGUGCCCAGCUUCCCGCAGCACCAGCAGGCACCCACCCCCUUGCACACCCGUCCCCUCCACACACACUCCCCUGGACAGUCCCCAAGCCCUGGUCCUUCAGCUCCAGCCGCCCCCAGACUUGCCUGCAUCCAGGUGCCAGGCAUCGGUGAUGCAUAGAGGGUGCACAUGCACCCCCGGAUAGAAGCACUGCCAGCACUGCUGGUGGUCACCACUCGCCGCCCACCGCCGAUGCCACUGGUGGCGUCUGUGGGCAGUUGCUGAUCGCCGCUACCGGUGGUGUCUGUGGAUAGUCACUGACCUCCAGUCGGCGCUCACCACCCUCCCUUCCCGGCUGCCAAGGCCGCCUGCGGGCAGUCGCUGUGCCCCCCCAGCCUCCAGGGGUAUGCCAGGGAUGUCCCCACAUGUGCGCCAGCCACAUGCGUGUGCACAUGCAGAUGCACAUGUGCCUGCUGCCUCCAAUCGCUCCCCCCCCCACCCCCAGUAAGCGGAGCAGAGUAAAAUCCAGGACAUAGGAUCAUAUUUCACAAAACUGCCCAGGCAGAAAUUGUAGGGUCCAAAAAGAGGACACAUCCAAGAAAACCUGGAUUUAUGGUAACCCUACCCCAGAGCAACUUGAAUUCAGAAAGGGCAAGGGAAUAAGCUUUAAAGAAUGUAUACAAAUUAAGCUGUGAACCUCACUACCGCAAAGUAAAAGUCAAGAGCUUGACAGGAUUAAACACCGAGAUAUUUCUAUGGCUGCUGGGAACGUCCAGUGUUCAGCAGCUGUUGGCGGGCAGGACAGUACUGCUGGGCUCUGAUCUGGCAGGGCCGUUCCCAUUUAACGCAGGGUAACCGAGAGCAGAAUCUGUUCUUGAUAUCUAGUAGCAGUUUAGCAAGUACCUGUUUUCUUAUGCCCCUGCUAUUGCUGCUGCGCUGUGGAUACUGCCACUCUCCAGUGUUUUUCAGAAGUAGCUGAAUGAGGAACAGAUACACUGAAGUGAAAGGGGGGAAAAACCAUUUUGCUGUUGUGACAUACGAAAAAGAUGGCAAGUGUUCACAGCGGAGCAGGAAGCGUGUACUUUUUGUAAUGUUUUGCAAAAACACAUCGUGUAGCCAUGAAACAGCAGCUCUCUGGAUAAACGUGUCUAGCUCAGUUUGAAGUACAAAGACCCAGCUUUCAUGAAGGGGCUUAACACAAGGCCUCGCCUAUAGGUAUUUGUAGAAGUAUACGAAUAUUUUGUGUAACAAUUUUAAUUGAAAGGCAAUUUCCUAGUAACGUUUUAAAUGUUUUGCAGCAGCUGUACAAUUCUUUAUGCUCUUCUUGACACUUGCAUUUUAAAAGCCUUACGCUAGCUUUCAAAAGUAGAAACACAUUGUUUUACGGAUAUAUUUGGAUUACAAAACAAAACACAUAAGCUGCUUCCAAAGCUCUCGGUUAACUCCUGCCUUCUAUGGAACCAAAGCAGGGAAAAUAGACAAGACAUACGCACUUGCUUACUCUUGAGUAGGUUUUUUAUGAAGGAGGAAAUGUGGUUUGUAGAAUUGUGAAGAGCGUGUAAGGAAACCCAGAUGCUAAUGAAGCCACACAGCUGAAUUCAUAUUGCUAUACAUUUUCAAGUGGUGGAAUCCAUUCUUUCCUAGGCAAGCACAUUUGAAAGCUGUAGUAUAGACCAUUGUUAGAUAAAUGUUGGAGAUAAUUAUUACAGUACGACACUGGUAGGAUGCUAAGAGUCUUUUUCCCUGGGUAGAUUGAGUGAACAUUAUUCCAUAUUUAUUUCUUUUUGGCUGAUGACAGAAUGUUUCUGUAGGUAUAGAUUGUCAUUUCUUGUUGCUUUUCUAUUUCUGCACUGUACAUUCACGGUCUGUACAAUGGAGCGCUCAGGAUUGCUUCCUUGAGAACAGAGCACUUAACCCUUGUCGGGGAAGUGUUAAACUUGAGCCUUUGAGAAGCAUAUGUGGGAUUCACAAAUACUGCUUUUUUUUUUUUUUUUUAAAGCAGUUUCACAUCACAUGUAAAUUGAACUGAAGCUGCUUCUUUCCCCACAGCCUUUUCUAUGAUUUUGGUAAAUAGUUAUGCCUUAAAGUAAUUUGUAGGUAUAGUAUAAGCCAAAAUGCAUAUGCACAGCAAAAGGAAACACCUUUUCAGAGUUUACAAUGGUAUAAAUUUGGAGUCCUGGAAAAGGAGGUUUAUAAAAGGAAACUAUUGACUGAUGUUGCAUUAGAGAAAAUAAACCAAGUCGACUCUUCAAAGCAUUUGGGGGGGGGAAAAAAAAAUAAGAGAGAGACUAAAAGCAAGUGCUGUAUAUCAAAGUGAAACUCCAUCAUGUGGCUUGUGGCUGCAUUUCGUUUCCCUAUCCUUCACCCCUGGAGCUUGUUUUUUUCUGUACAGCACCCAAAAUACUUUUGGCAAUAUGUUCAUUAGGAAGAUUCAGUUCCAGGUUCUCAGUAGCAAUACAAGUGAUGUGGUUCAUAAUGCUUCAGAAAGUCAGGAGGCUGUUUCAUUCCCUAUUACAGACCUCUAUCAUUAGAGAUUCACACCUUAAAGAGAGCCUUGUGCUGAAGCUGCAUGCAGGUCUCAGCACAUCUCAUCUUUAAAGUAUACCCCAAAAAACUAGAAAGCUGUUGGAGCCUGGACGUACAACAGGUUUACACUGGUGUGAUUUGCCUUUAUGCCAGUGUAAAAAUGGAGCAGAGAGAAAGUUACACUGGUUUUACAGGCAGUCCUCAGACUUAUGAUGCAAUUGGUUCCUGAAAACCAGGUCUUAAGUCAAAACGUUGCAACUUCGAAUCAAUUUUCUCAUAAGAAACAAUGUUAUAACUGGGGGAUUGGUUCCUGAACCAAGACCCGAUAACCUAUUUUCACCAAAAAUACCCCAGAGUGUUGUACUCGAUCAAUUAUAGAUGAGUAAUAUAGCUACAUUAAUGUAUUUCUAUUGUAAAUAGAAAUCAUAUUGAUUUGGAAGGACUUCUUUGAGGUGACUUUGCUGGACUUUCUGAAGGGCUUUUGGCUGGAGGCCAAAACUCUCAGGAGUCUUGGCUGCAGGUUUUUCUGGAGCCUUGUCUGCUUCCAGAAAGAAAGCGUCCAAGGCAGUUUAGACAGAUGUUCUCCAGGGAGAUGAGUGACGCAGCAAACUUGUUCACUGGCGUGGCGUCACAUCAGGUCAAGCGUUGUAAAGUCGAAACUGAGGUCAGGAAGUUAAAACAGGGUGUCAAUUUAUAAAUGUUGUAAGUGCGAAACGUUGCAACUCGAAACACUGUAAGUCAAGGACUGCCUGUGUCCAAAUCUGCGUAAGGGCUCAAACCCAAAGAAAAAACCAGGGGUAAAACUAUACCGAUAUAGAUGUCAUCCGUUUGCUGCUUAUCCCAGGGUAGCCAUUCACACACAGCAAACAGGCUGCCCCUGUCACUGAACAGCAGGGCACUAUAAUGCCUGCUACGAAGAGCUACUUGGGAUAGCUGCUAAUCUGCAUACUUCAGAUCGGGAUGCCAUUUACACUGGCAUAUAGCUCUGAUGUAAGCCACACCAGUGUAAACGUGCCAUCUGUCCAUGAUAUAAAUCGGAUACAAGUACAGAAAAAAUAGGUAGCCUAGUCCAGCACUGAGUAAAAUGAAUCAUUGUUCAGUUAAGCCAAAAAUACAGCGAAGGCCCUCCAGGACACAUGCGUGUCACCUGUGCAGUACAACUGCACUCACAUCACCCUGUUUGUAGGUCCCCAAGGCCACUGUUACUUAAAUAAAAUCCAGUUUUGAAUAUCAGAUAUACAAAAUAGAUGCCUUAUAAGAAUCCACGUGGCUCCAGGUAGCUGAAGCUUGGGCUUGAUGUAUAAUGUCAGCUACUUGCAGUUUUCCUUUUACAAAACUGCUUUUCAAGCCACAGAACUGGGACGUUCUGCUUCAGAUUUCGCACUUUCUGCCACACUUACAGAGGCUUCAUGCAAGCAGACAUUUUCCUGUAACCAACAGAGAACCACUACUGUUCUCGCAUUGUCAUUCUUAACUAUUUUUGCUGUGGCAAAAGUGGAAUUAGUCUUUGAGAAACAUUUAAAACUAAGAAAAAUUAAACUCAAAUGGAGAGGCAGCCUUGGCCAAUAAAGCACGCAUCUGCAACAAAACAAGGUUCAGAAACAGUACGAGUAGAAUUAGAUUAAGAUGAAAUCAUUUAUUUAAAGCGGUAACGUUUCAUUGAAAAGCAAGGCACAGUUCAGUCAUGUAAAACUGAGCCCUACCAAACGAAGGUUGUGUAUUAUGCUGUGAAAAGGCAAGCUCAUUUUGCUAAAGUGCAUAAGGAUUAUGGGGAAAAACAGUUUGACUGCUAACUACAACUGGAAAACAAGGAAUAAAACAGACUGGCUUACACAACGA